UAUCUUUCUUUUCAUUUUAGCUCAUCUCGGUGUAAUUGAAGUGAAUUCUGCUGCUGUUUGUGAUAACGUUGCUCUUGUAGUUUAAAUAGUGUAUUAUUUAAUUCGUGCAUAGCCGCUCAACAUGUCUGAAGAGCCUGAUACGCCGCCCUUCAGCACUGUCGAUAUUAACAAUGAGAGCCGUGAUGACGAGGAUCUUUUUGCAUCAGCGGUCCAGGAAGUCAGCUUGGACCCAGAGGUGAAUGGGACCCGAGAGACCCUGGAUCAGAUUUCCAUCAGUGAUGCUCCUGUCAACACCGGGUCUAUUGGAAGCCCUAUCAUGGAGGAGAUUGCCACAGAGAGGGCCAACAACAUAAUAAUAACAGUCACAGAGCCACAGAAAAUUGGAGAAGGCAUGAGCUCUUAUGUGGCGUAUAGAGUACUAACCAAAACCAAUAUGCCUAUAUUCAGUAAACACGACUUCUCGGUGUUGAGACGUUUCAGUGAUUUCCUUGGGCUUUAUGAGAAGUUGAUGGAAAAAUAUUUACGCUCAGGAAGGAUCAUACCGCCGGCGCCUGAGAAAAGUAUUGUGGGAACAACAAAACUAAAAAUGACGUCGACGCCCUCAACGGAGAGCGCCAACGGCGGCUCAGCCUCCGCCAAUGUCCAAUCGCAGUUCGUCGAGCGACGGCGAGCGUCUCUGGAGCGGUUCCUGAAUCGCGUGGCGCAGCACCCCGUGCUCUGUAUCGACCCGGACUUCCGGCAGUUCCUCGAGUCUGAUACGGAGCUGCCUAAGGCGACAAGCACGUCAGCGCUCAGUGGCGCUGGAAUGGUGCGGUUUUUCAACAAAGUGGGCGAGACUGUUAACAAGAUCACAUAUAGGAUGGACGAGUCGGACGCUUGGUUCGAGGAGCGCGCCGGGCGCAUCGAAGCCCUGGAGGCGUGCCUGCGGCGGCUGUGCGGCGCGUGCGAGUCGCUGGCGGGCGAGCGCCGCGAGCUGGGCGCGCGCGCGCACGAGUCGGCGCGCGCCGCCGCCGCGCUUUUAAAUUUAUAUCGUUUUAAUAUAUGUGUUAUAUUUCAGAUAGAGCAGUUAAGAAUUGAGCAGUCAAACACGGACUUCUACGUGCUAACAGAGCACAUUAAGGACUACCUCGGGCUCAUCCAAGCCAUCAAGGACGUGUUCCACGAACGAGUCAAGGUGUUCCAGAACUGGCAGCACGCACAAAUGCAGCUAACCAAGCGGAGAGAGAACAAAGCGAAGGCCGAGCUCGCCAACCGGCCCGAGAAGAUCGAGCAGGCCUCGCAGGAGAUCAUUGAGUGGGAAUCGAAAGUGGAACGCGGGCAACAGGAGUUCGAUCAGAUCUCGCGAGUGAUCAAGAAGGAGCUCGAGCGCUGGGACGAGGUGCGGGUUGUAGAGUUGAGGGGCACACUGCUGCGGUACCUCGAGGAACACAUGAAGCACCAGGCACAGGCUAUCCGCUACUGGGACGCAUUCCUGCCCGAGGCGCGCGCGAUCAAAUGAGGCACGCUCUGACGGCGCCUGCACACCGGCUAGGCCGAGCCAAACUGAACCCUAGCGCCCUACGAAUAGACCUCAUUCUACCUUAACGUUCGGAUGACAAGACUGGGACCGAGAAGUUGGAACGAAGCUCGG